AUGUCGUCGUACGGUGAGUUGAUAUCCUCGCUGAGGAUCCUCAAAAGUGUGAAGGAGAAGCGACAUGCUAUCAAAGCCCUUGCGCACCACUGCUCGAACCGGGCCUACCAGCUCCGGAUCGUGCAAGGCGGCGGUUGGAAAGAUGCGAUCCUCCCACUCAUCAUCUCUCUGGAUGAUAUGUGCCGGAAAUAUGCAGCGCUCGCAAUAUCAAAUCUCAGCGUUAAUGUGGGUACAACUACUUCUUCUUAAUGUGGGAGUGAUCAUAGUUUUGCCUUAGUCUAGAACAAGAAGAUGAUCUUCGUCAAGUCACAUAAUGGAAAAGGAUGAAAAAUAUCGAUGUAGAACAGCCUUGGUCUAUUUUCACUAGGAAAAUAACAAUAUUCACCGUUCAAAUAAACAACCACGAGGCACAUACCCCCUGCUGCUCCAAGAGGAGGUUAUACGGCACAUAGCGCCUAUAUUAUACGAGGAGGUUUCCGAGGUGACCGUCUACGUGCUGAUCGCAAUAGGGAACUUUGCAACCAGCAAUUUGUUCUGGCCCAUCCUGCACGAGUUGAACAUCCUCAACGGUGUGAUUCUGGUCCUGAAGAACGCGAAGAACAUUGAGGAAGUGAUCAUCAACGCCUUGUUCGCGCUGUCAAAUUUCACGGCGGAUCCCAUCCACCGACAAAUGAUGAUCGAUCUACGCGUAGACGACACGGUGUGGAGAUACAUCUUAAGGCCUUUUGAUAUUUGGAUUUAAUGGUAUUGGAAUUGGAUUGAUGAAUUUGAAUUUGAUGAUUGACCAUAGAUAGUAGAAGUCUAAGGCGAGAUCGUACCCGCUGCCCGGAGCGCAUCAAUACAAGCCGAUAAGUAGUAUGUUUUCAAUUUAAGAAGAUGAUGAUGAAACAACAACAACAACGUGACUUCAGAACACCACGAACUUUGUCUCUGAUGAACAACAACAUCAGCUACAAUUUCUUCUCUGUUGUAACCAAAAAAUACAAGGUCCUAUCUCUCUCUCUCCUGUAACCACCCAGAAAAGGCACAGUUCUAACCUCAGUCUCGGAGAACUACAAGAUUAUGUUUUACACCCUAGCCUUGAUCCGAGGUCUCACCGUAACUCCAGAAGGUCAAGAGCGAUUUCCGAAUCUGGGUGUGUUGCCGAUUAUCAUCGGCAUCACCAGGAACCCCGCGUCGCCGAAGGAGCUGAUCCCCAUCGUCUUGGACAUCUUGCUGCAUUUUUCCUUCAGAAGGGAGAACGCUUACCUUUUGUUGGAACAGGAUGUGAUCGAGUGCCUCGAUAAGUUAAGCCUUCAUCUCUCUUAAUCCAUCUCAAGUUUGCUCUUGACGAACAACAAGGAUCCAUUCUCUGCACCUGGAAAGGCUUCCUUUGAUGUAGUUGUUUUCAAGGGGAAAGAAAGGGUUCCACUUCCAGGAACAUCAACAACAGGAAAAAUGUAACAUCUCUCGAGAACAAAAGAUGGAUUAGGGCGAGGGCGAGCUCUAAGUAUGGCUGCCUUGACCAACGACGCAGAGUUCGUACCCAUCGUUUUGUGCAUCAUCGCGAACCUGUGCGAGUCCGUAGAGUUACAUGACAAGAUCGUAGAGUCCCGAUACUUCACUAUCUUACAGUUAAGGCUAGAGGAAAUCCAUCUUCGUUCCCCAGGAGUUAGUAUCUUAGUCGGUCGUCCCGUUUUUUUUACAGGGAAGAAUGAAAAGGAGACCCAACAAGAUGCUGCUGAAGAUGGAUUUCCCUUAGUAGUUCUAAAACAGAGCCACAUCUUCUCGGAUUCCACAUCGGUCCAACAACACCUGAUCCGAGCGUUUCUACACUUGAGUCUGACGCCGAAGUUCCACCACGUCAUCCUCGCGACGGGCUUGCUCUCCAAUGUGGUCAGCAUUGCGAUGACAGAGAAGCUCCAUUACUCAAUCAGGGUAGGAACUUUUGAUCACUUGAGCUUUGAUAACCUUCUGAUGGAUCUUCUUGAGAGUACAGUGACACUAUUUGUUCUUCUUGUUCUCUUCAUCUUCAUGUUCUUGUAGGGAAUAUGAAUAUGAACUACAAGAUGUAUGUAUAUAAAGUUAAAUGAUCUUGUGUGGCGGCGAAGCCGAGGCAUCCUAUCCUAUCCCUAUCCCUAUCCUAUCCUCAUUCAACAAGAACGACGACCACCAUCUUCACGACCCCGUGAAUACUUUGCAUCAAGAAUCACCAAGCCUCAACAAUCUUCUCCUAUACAACUCUCGUCGAUGCAGGUGAACUCGAUCCAAAUCCUGGCUGCCAUCACCGCGACGCACCCGACGACCCCCACUGAGCAGGACAUGAUGGACCUGGUGUUUCUGGCAUGUAACUUGCAGGAAGACAUUGAGAUCCGGCGUUACUGCAUGCUCUCGAUGGCCAACGCCGCAAGUGAUGCUGCAAAUACCAAUGCUUGUCUGAAGAUUAAGGCUUAUUAUUUGAGACUUGUAAUUGCUACUUGUUGGUAUGUUGUAACUGGGUAAAAGCCUUUUCGUCUCUUGACUAUUAAUUUAAAAGUAAUGCAAUAGCCUAAGUAGCAGCGUAGAAUGAACAUAAGCAGGUAUGACGGACAGAGGUAAAAAUUUAGACUUUCCCGAAACAUCUCUAAGCUCAAGGCCUACUUGGAGGCGAUUUUGAACGUGGUGAGUCACGGUGUGGAGGAGGCCUACGACAAGGACCCUGCUUUGCAGGUUGCCGCACAGCAAAAGGCUGCCGCAGAUAGCACGACUCAAGGCGAUCCAAGUGGCGCGGACGCAAUUUUCGUCGACUUUGCCACUCAAUUUUUUCACAACUUGGCGAAAUGCGAUGAUAAAACGGGCUUGAUGCUGUUGCAGUGUGGCUUUGAGAAGAGGUACUUGCAGCGCGACUUCCUGAAGAAACUGUCCUUGACUUCUGCAAUCUACUUCUGCGAUUUGUGCAGACAAUUGACCGACGAAAUGAGCGUGCGACUGGAGCUGACGAGAAACAUGUUCUUCGCUUCUUUUUAAGGCGUGUAACUACAACGAAAGUAUCAUAUUUAUGAUUUCAAUACUUUUCUUCAUAGAGAUCAUUCUAGAAAAAUCUAUCAUAGAAAUAUUUAUAAGAGUAGUCGGACUAUAACAAAUUAGGUGGAAUUAUGUUAACUUGAUGUGGCGUGUAGGAAUAAGAGUAGUCGGACUAUUAAGUGGAAUAACUUGAUGUGGCGUCAUCAAAGCAAAACUGCGUCCCUCAAACGCGAUCUUCCCAUUUCUAAUCUUCAAUCGAUUCCUGGGACGGAGGUUUGCUUGAAGAGCAAGAGCUAGCUCCGCACUUGUCGCUGAUGUUUUCCGCUUUUCUCUACUACGGAGACACGCACCGCGAGUUCGUGCUGCAAGGUGGGCUGCGUAUUUUAGUCGAAAUCUACAACAGUUCAAAGAACGAGCACGUGCGCUUGUGCUGUCUUCUGAGUCUGUUGUAUUUAUCGGAUGACGACUUCGCGCAACGCUCUAUUUCGCAGGAAAAUGGGAUUCGAGCACUACUAGAUGCUUGUGAGAACGAAUCACAUGUGGACCUAGUCACGAAUUCGCUGAAAGCGUUGAUUCCUUUCGCUUGCUCCGAGGUGUAUCGUCCUCAACUAGGCAUGGCAGGUGGCUUGGAUACGUUUUCCUCCUUUUUGUUCUCGAACCAAGUGGACCUGAAACAAUUGGGCGUCUUCUGUUUGCAGAACUUGCUAGAAUACAAAGCGAAUCGCGAGAUUUUCUUGGGGAAACAUCCCGAAAAAAGCAUCGAGGAAAACUACGUGGAGGUCUUGGCGCAAUUGCUGCCUACAGUGAAGAAAGGCGUGUCCGAAUCGAUGAAGAAGAUGAGUCGCAUCCAGAAACGCAAGGAGGAAGCGGAAGUCGGCGCAUUGACACCGCACGAUCCCUUCAUCACAAGAUGUAUCAUCCACUGUUUCGCGCUCAUCUCCUUGGAACACGACACGGAAGUUCAGGAGCGCCUGAUAUCCUACAACGUGCCUCAACUGUUGUACAACCUGCUGCACUCCGAGCAGAUCGACAAAGCAAGUGGCGAGUCAAUCCUUCUAUUCUUCGCAGAAAUGCUACACGGAGUGCAUCGGGUAGAUAUGCACCUUUUCAUACUACUAAGUGGAAAUUCAAAUUCUACACGGAGUCGCAUUGCAUGGGGUGGUAUAAAUGAGUAAGUACUACAAUCCUUUGUAGCGGCCUCCUUGGGGCGAUGUGCCGGAGUGUUGUUGUCACCUUGUGGGGCGACGAAGCGGAGGCAUCCUCUCCUAUCCUUCAUUUAUCCAGUGAAAUACGUUGUAGUAGAUAAUUUACCUACAGUAUCAUACUCAUAAAAAUUCAGGUAAUCGCCAAUCUUUUGAAAGAUCCAGUGAACAUGGAUUGCAUCCCAUUGCUGCUUUCUUUCCACCGCAUCGGGUCAUCAAACGAGCACGUUGGUUUCCGUUGUUUGUCUGCUUUGUUGAUUAUGGCAGUUGGAUUAUUUGGAAGUCUAACUGGCAUAGAGAAGUAGAUGUAGAUUACUAGUAACAACAACUUACUGCGAUGUCCAUCCGACAUAAGAGAAAAGUAUUUUCGGUCGUUGUAUUCGCUCCUCCACUGGAGUAGUAAACACAGCCCGUUUUCUUCACUUGAGGCCUCCUCUUCUUCACUUGAGGCCUCCUCUUCUAAUGUAAGCAUCUCGCGUUCCCGGGAGUUCCGAUCUCGUGUCAUCGUCAAUUUGCCGGAAGUGAUGAACAUCAUUCAUGUGGUGAUCAACUCCACUGCAGAGGACAAGAGAACAGAGCACUUCUUCGGAACAGUGGCUAUCCUCUGCGGUCUCUUAGCCGAAUUGACGCAGUCUGACGCCAAGCAUCACGAAAAGUUCGUGGAGUACAACCUGGUGGAGACGUUCUUGAUGUUUAUCACGUUGGCGGGCAGCAGCUUAAAUGGACAGAUGUGCGUGGAUUUGCUGCUUUGUUCCGUGUACGGUAUCUCGCAAUUGGCGAGUUCUAGUACACAGUACAAGUUUUUCCUCCGCUCACUGCUCUUUCCGGCCACGCGCAUUCAGCUGUUCGUUUCCCUGUUGCGCUUGCCAGCUGGGGAGGUGGACCAAGCCUUUCACGCAGGAACGACAGGGCUGAAAGCUCUGCAAAGGUUACGGCUCACAAUGAAUCAUUUGAAGAAGCAUCUUCUGAAGUACUAGCAACAAUAAUUCAUUCAAAGAAGCAUCUUCUUUGUUCAUCCUCCCCUUUCCUUUAAAGGAAAGAAAACACUUCUUCAAAGAUGCGCUUCAAGAUGAAUUUAGCUGAGGUCUAAAAAGGGCAUUCAAACCGAGUUUGACCAGCGACGAGCUCCAGAGCAAUAGGCUAGACUGUGAGUCGUUCCUUGGUCUAGUCGAUACCCUGCCUUCGAGCUUCAUCUAUCGCCAUGUUCUGCGAGUCAUGUGCAUCAUCGCAUCGGACAAGGAGUACUUUCCGCACCUGAAACAAGCGGUGAACGUGAACAACAUGGUUCCAACCGUGUUGUUCGGCGUGCAGGGGACGAGCGACGCGUUCGCAGAAGUACUUACUAAUGCUGAAAACUAAUACUAGUGAGCUAGUAAGCUACGUUAACUUAGGCCGCGAUGGACAAUUCACUGAGGCUUCUCCCUAAACAAAGGUUUUCGCCUACGCCUUGAUGACCCGUCUAUCCGAUGAUUUGGGGAUGAAACCGCUCUUGUCGAACGCCGCGCCGCUGAUGAACAUGUUCAUGGACUACUGUAGGCGGUUCCAGCAGACUUUCGAUACUGGGCAAUUGAAUUCCAAGUACAAGAAGGCCCUCCUCACGCGAGACACCACCAAGGUUACAGCGACCGCCUUGUCUUUGUAUGGCUUUUUAGCAUUGGUUAUUAUUUCGGUAGAUAGUUUUAUUCAUCCAUGUUCGACAUGAAGAUGACAGUUUUCCUUUUCGAUAUGAGCUAUUUGUUUUAUGUGCAUGUUGGCAGCCGAAGACGCCGAAAGGAGAGGUGGUUGUUUGCUAGUAGAACGAGAAGAAGUUGUAGGGGACUCCUUCGUAGUUGAUGCCGGCGUCAAGGCAUCACGUGCUUUGUCUCUGACAUCAUCAAUGCACCACAACAAUAAGAAUUCUCUAAUCUCCCAACAAGUACUUGAUGGCGUUGUGUGUGGUGGUGAAUCUGGUGCACGAGAUGAAAAUUCGCUUCGAUCCAACGACUGGGGAAAGGAUGCAGAAGAAGGAGAAGGACCCCAUGGAGAAGUGGUUGGCUAAAGAAGGUACAUGAUGAAUGAAAGAGGGUAAGGUGCGUAGAUCUAUUCGGACACAGUCCACAACACGUCACUUAUUUCUUCGUAACGCAGUAACUUCUUCAACCUCCUGAAGUCUGAUUUUUUUCGUGCCGCCUAUGACUGUGUAACUCUCCGCGAACAGUUACACCAGCAUCGUAUCUGUAACAGCUACAACAUCUACGUCGUUCUUGUUGUAGAACACCCUACUGCUACCCGUUUUUACUUCUCUGAAAUUGAAUCUACUGUUGUGAUUGAAGAACCCUAGUAGGAUGAUUCACGAACCACAUCCACCACAACUAAAAAGCACACCAGCACCUCCUCUUCCUCGUCCAAAACUCAGGCGAAGGCGAUUCCUCAGAAGGUGGUCUGAGUCGUAACAACGCUGAGUUCAUGACCACCAUAGCGGGACAUCUGCUCGGAAGCUUGAACAUCGAAGUGAUCUUGCAGUUCGCGAGAGCAGUCCGCCAGCAGAUGGAGGAAGAGCGGGAGAAGAAGGAAGAAGAUUAAGGCUUUGUGUGAUUCUCAUUUUAGAAAGUACAAAUUGAUAGUAUGUCCUCGUGGUAUAGGUAGUAUGUAGUGUGACCAUCCAUCAGAACUUUUUAGUUUGUUACAUAUGCUCCCGAAGUCGUGCAGGUCUCCAUCCUCUUAUCUUCAUUGAAUAAAUCGAUUAGGACUUCUAGACUCAGAGUGUGCCUACAACUUGCACCUUACUACAAGAACCUUACUUGCUUCUCAUACAUUUACAACAUAAAAACAGACGAAGUGCAGGUCUCCUCUACCCCUGUCUAAGAAAAAGAACGGCUAGGCAUAACAGAUCCGCAGGCGAUAGAUGCUCCGGAUCCUAAGAAGCUGGCAGAGAGAGAAGGCCUCAUCAUGCUGAAUCAAGUGCAGGAGUACAUCUCAAAGUGCACAUUCGUCAUGGUCCACAAUGCAAUGUGCGCUAGGGCGGAUUUUGCGCAGGGAGAGAUGGUGCUUGCUUCUACGAAGAUAGUAUCUAAGUUGAUCACGACUACUAGAGUUCUUGUCUUGUUGUUGUCUAGAAGCAGUAGUCCUGCUCAAGAAUAAUGAAUGAAUAUUAUUGAACACAUAGAUGAAGUUCUUGAACAUAUAAUUCACUUGGUUUCGAUCUAUUUCUGAUAAACAUCACAGGCUCAUCGCGCACCGCUGCCUGCGAUUCCACCUGGUGAGCGCAUUAGGAUGCAGAAUUUUGAGAAGAGGCCUACCAGCUACGAAAUUGAGGCCGUCACACGCCAUAUGGACAAAAAGCCGCUGCAAAAGCAGCAGAAGAUUGGCUUCAAAAAGAAGAAAAAAGAGGAGGGUGGCGGCGACCUGAUCCCUCCUCCGGAUGCGUCUGUGAUCGUACCAGAAGCCUUGGCACUGUCGUUUCCGACUAUGGGGUCGUUGCAGACAAAGGUUAGGCAGAUCAUGAAAUUGAUUGGUCGCUGCAUUGAGAUGGGAGUCGGUGUGGAGAUGGCAGGAAUUGGAUUGGAGACGGUGGCUGCGCUAUCAUACUUCGCGCCCUUUUUAAGGCUCAAUACCGGAUAUACGUAGUAGUACUGAUGAUCGAUACUGUUGUAAGUCUAUCUGGAUCUGUUGUAGUUCCACACAAACACUUCUACAUAGUUCUAGUUCUAGAAGAGUAGACGGGAUAAGAAUAUUAGCAAAAAUAGAGCAGGUACUAGAGCUAGUUGUAUGCGUAGAUCGCGACCGAGUAGUAGUAGUACUAGUUGUACGAUCGAUAGCUCCUCCUCUAACCUCCGUGAUCGACGAUCCCAAAGUAGUCGUCCGGAUGAUCCAGAUGCGAAUGGACGCGGUCCAAGAGGUGUUGACCAUGCUCGCUGCCAAUAUGUUCGCACAUUGGAUCCGCGCAAAAGAUGCCGAAAGCAUCAAGGACAUGGACACUGCCUUCAUGUUCCCUCUUCUGACUGGAAACCACAUCAUGGUCCGCCGUAACCUGAUCGGCUUCUUGGCGAACUGCUGUGUACAUGUGGAAUGUUUGGACUUGGUGAUCAAGAGUGGCAUGCUGCGUCUCUUCACCAACUUGGCUGGUCGCUUGUAUUUCGUGGAGCAAUUCCAGGUGAUUUUGGAGAUGAAUCGAGCAUUGGCAAAUUUGACAACGCACUUCCAAGAGAUGCAUCGGCUGUUGAAUUCUGAGCACGUAAUAGCCUUUCUGGCGGACACGUUGCAGUACAGCUACACCUUUUUGCAUGGGAUCUUCACAAAGCCAGCCGACGAGAAGGCGAAGCGGGACAAGAAGAGGCGUGAGGAACACGCGAAAAGAAGGCAGGAAUUGAGAAUGCGCAAGCUGCGGAAACAGCGAGAGCUGGCACAUGCUCCACCAUUGUACGAAUCCACUAUCACGUUCAAGGAGACCGACCGCGCGCCAUUGGGAAUCAAACUGCGAUGGCUUGAUCCACCGAUUUUUCUUUUAAGGCUUUUUGUUGUUGAUACCCCCGCUCUUUUUAUUUCGUCAUCCAUCGUCUACUUGACUUGAAAUAGAAAUAGUAGAUGAUUACAUGCUCGAAAGACGAUUCGAUGCUAUUAUCAGAUCAAACUUGAAGAAGAUAGUAGUGUUAGUAUCUCUUACUACUUCUACUUGUGUAAGGGUUCAUCUUCGCUUCUAACCUCAGGCGUCAUCGAUGGCACACCAGCGCAGCGCUACGAGAGCAGCUUGAUGGCGGAGAGCCACGCGCUGAUCACCUGCAAUGGGCAGCCCGUGCACGGCCUACGCCAAGACGAGAUCGUCCCGAUGUUGCAAGCCAGGCCACUCGCUCUGCUCUUUCGCAGAGUCGACGUGCCAGUACCCAUAGACGAUACGGCACCCAUGCACAGUGUAGAGGACAUCCUAGAGGAAGAGUUGGUUGAGGACCAGUUCUCGGAACCGGAUGAGGACGAUUUGGAUCCUCUAGUGCUAGAGAAUCAGAGGAUCGCGAAGGGCAUGGGCAUCGACAUCGAGGGCUACGGCAAGGAUGAUCCGCACGAGGUGGGCAAGUAUUUGGACGCUCCUACCGCGGGAACAGACGAUAGCAUGAUGUUGUACCAGGAAUGCUUCCACUUGUGUCUUUUGUCCUUACACUUAAGGCUACCGCUGAAGCAUCCUCAGCACCAUCCCUGGCUUCUUUUUUAAGGAGAAAAAGGGCUCAGGGAUGGACUCAAGGAUGCGACGCAGUAGCUCUAAUACACAACUUGAGCUGCACAGCAGAAUGUCAUGGCGCGAUCCUGCAGGAACCGAAGAUUCUGGACUUCUACUUAGAGUUGAUUCCUUCCGGUGUAGUUACGGCAGAGCUGCGACGAGUUGUGUUUAGCACGCUAGCGAAUUUGGCGCGACAGCAGCACGUAGCAGGCAAGAUCUUCAAGGCCAUGUCGCAGUACUACUUAGACCAUGAGUCGAUUGACAACUCUUUGGAGAAGUACAUCUUGUUGACAGCCAACUUGCUGUACGUGAACAACGAACCCGCAAAUAUCGAACCUGACCGCGCGUGCUUCUUGUUCAUAUCGAAGAUAGCCGAGACGCAUUUCCACCUAGCAGACAUCCGCGUGCUGCUGAUUGAGACCUUGCACAGGAUGUCCUUGGCCCCGGCGGAACUGCGCUACAAGUUCACGAAUCGCGAAGUUCUCGUCAUUCUGCUGAAGUUGAUCGAUUACCACGAACAGUUUGAGGUCCAAGUACGCGCUUUUGAAGCGUGCUACUUCCUGACGGUCGCCUGCAACGACCCGCACCUGUGGGAGAACGUAGGCUUGAUUCCGAAGCUCUGGUCGGCUGCUAGCGUGAAGAAGCGGAAGUCGCCGAACAAGGAAGAAGAAGACAUUCUCUACGAAAUGGCAGUGCGCACAACUGCCUUGAUCACGCACUACACCGUUUUGGUCGAGCAAUUGUUGCUGUGUUCGGAUUUGGACUCCUUUAUCCAGGUCUUAUUCGAGGACGCGACGAAAAGCGAGGACUUGCUCCACAGCACCAGUCAUUUGAUGAACCUGUUGCUGAGGACGCCACAAGGAGGCAAAUUCUGGUCGAAGUGGUACUCCCAAGGCUUUCUGGGCAAGAUCGCGAUGGAGUUUCAGCGCUACCAGAACAUCCAGAGGCGACUGGAGCGCCAUCAAUCACAGCAAGCGGCGAUCCGCAACUCCCAAGCCGCAGAAGAUGAUGACGAGAGUGACGAUGACGAGGACGGCAACGACCCUUCCUCCGGAUCUGGGCGAAAGAAGCGAAGAGGCAGUGGCCCAGUGAGCGGAAAAACGCCGAGAGUCUUCGAUGAAGCUACAGGCGACGCAGCGGAAGCGAGGGAACCCAGUAGGUUUAAGCCAGCUCACUGGAGUGACGAGCAGAAAGAGGUAGCGCGAAUGGAUCCCACGUUCACGCACAAGACUGGAGAGCUCUUUCAUAGUGACUUCUUGACUUCUCUGCCCGUCGACGUGCGCGGAGUAGGUGCUGCAAACGUUUCGCGGGUGGUCUGCAACAAGCUAGGCCUUGUCCCGAUCAACCCGUACAAGAAGAAAACGCGCAGUGAUCAACCAGGCUUGAAGGAAAGCGAAAUCGUCCUAGACCUCACAGGCUUGAACAACACGACUGCCAAAACGCUUGUCAAAGAGUGGGACUAUCCUGUCAGAGCAAAAGACGGCAGUGACGACGUCGCUUACGGCGAAAAUGGCGAAGGAGGCAAAGACCAAGACCCACUGGCAAUCCGAGACGGAGCAAGCAAGACCAGCAGUCCUGGUUCUAAGAACGCAGCUGGAGGAUCUUCCCCAAGCAAGUCCAAAGCCGGCGCUUCGAAAUUCAAGAAUAACGCGCACAUGACGAAGACAGUGCAAAGUGUCUUGCAACCCAUGACGCCGGUCGGGCUCUCCCUAGUGCACCCGGUCGCGCCUGGCCUUGACAGUUUACUCCACAUCUUGAGCUAUGCAGUGAACGUGGAAGCGGAGGUGAUGGAUAUUCUACGACACGACGUGUUUAUAGACUACUUCAAAGCGAGGCUGCACCAGCACUGCGUCUUCUACAAGAUCUACGAGCAAAAAUACGGAAUGCGACCGCCAGAGGAAGCUGAUACCAAGGAGCCUUUGUCAGUGAAACGUGAGUGGCGCAUCAAGUACGAUCGAGCGAUGCGGUCGUUUAGGAUAAUGUGCAGAUUACUUACACUAGUCGCUUCAACCCCCUACGGCGUGACAGCCUUAGCGCAUAUGCAGAUGGUUCCGCUCCUCUCGAUGCUUCUUCACCUGCCCUUCCGGGAUAUUCGACUCGUCUCAGUGCGGCUUUUGUGUGCUUUGUCGAUCGAAAAGACGGUUUGCGUGGAUCUGAUACAGUGUCCGGACUUUGUCGAUUACACGAAAGCACUAGAAGACAGGAUUAUGCGCAAUGCUACAGGCGUGAACCCUGAGGAAACGGAAUAUUUCGCUACGAUCUUCGAUCACAUGUGCGUCUGCAAUAUGCCAGAGCUAACGCAGGCGGUCUUCGACAAGUUUUUGCCGUUGAUCGUCUACCUGAUCGUCUACUCCGAGUCCAUGAGCACAGUGAACCGGUGCAUGCGAGCAUUGACGAACGUGACGCUGAUGUAUCCGCAGCAAGUAGUACAGCAAUUGGAAUUGCCCUUGAACUAUUUCAUGUGCUUUUCGAUGGUCGUCGCGUGUGCAAUGCGGGACGGAGAGUGGAUUAUGGCUGACGCCGCAGUCGCCAAGGAUCCGGAACAGGACAAGAUUAGGCAAUUGCAGCUAGAAAAGUUCCGGAUGGCCAGACAUCGAGGUUUGGGUGUUUUGGGCGAGAAGGAGGAGAACUAUCCUGCCGAAACGAAACUGCUAAGGCACUACAACAUGAUCUUUUUGACCCGGAUACUAGCGAACAGCAGUCCGAAACUUGGGAAAACUGUGUUUGAGCAGAGCAACGUGUUAAUGCUAUUGCAGGCGCUGCGGCACAAGUUCAUUCAAGUGUACUCCGACGUGACAAAAGAGCAAUACAGACAGCGCACUCUGGGGAAAGACGACCUGCUCAAGGACAUGGAGAAUUUGUCGCCGAAAAGGGCGCACAAGAUGAAGCAGCACAUGCUGAACCAAACUGCUUGUGACGCGGAACUCCUGAAUUUGACCUUAGCUACGUUGCAGAUUACGAACUCGCUCUUCUUCGGCACCUACAACGACUUCGCGUGGGGAGAGCAGUACGCGGACGGGCCUGUGCUGAUCCGCUCGCAGCCGAUGGCGAAGGACUACAUCGUCUCCAUGCUGUUGCAGAUGUUGGAGUUCUUUUUUGUUAGGCUCUUUCCACUAGGGAUCGGGUCCAUGUACACGCAGAACCCGGACGACGAGAUGAAGCACGGGGACGACGGCUUCUUUGACAAAGUCACCUUUGAGGGCGACGACGAGGACGGCCUACAAGGGGGCGGUGCGAAGGUAGACUUGAAGGAGUUCGCCCACACCGACAUGGCGACGAGGAGACGAGUCGCGUACUUCUUGAGUCGCGAUGUUCGUGUCUUGACCAACUUGUCGCAGUUGCUGCGGGAAAUAGGCACGCAGCCUCUGUACAACAGCAUGUUCAACUAUAUCCUCAGGUCAGAGAUCUACUACAAGAUGUGCGUCGCGGUGAAUCGCGCUGUUUUAGAAGUGUACAGCGUGGAAGACCCGAUCGAUCCGUACAGCGAAGUGAAGCAGAGCUCAAACGCGGAUCUAGACUCCUUCAAGUCGUCUGUGCGCGCAACUGGAGAAGGAAUGACGCCGUUGACGAUCUACUUGCGGGAGUACAACUGGAACCAGGUAUUUGAGAACAUCGUCAUCGCUCUGAGAGCGAACUUGUCGCAGUCGCUGUACGUCGGAACGAAUCCGAAGAAGAUGCCACAGCACAACGCCUUGCUCGAUCAGCCGAAGAACUUGAACAAAAUAGAGUUCUGGCGCUGGGGUCAGCAGGACAAGCUGGUCUUGCACCACGAAGCGAAGCUGUGGGUCCCGCAGAUCGUGUUUCGGUUUCACCAUCUGCGCACGCGCAUCUUAACUGAGGCAGUGCAGUACAUUACGUUGACAGGGGUCUUCCAGGACUACUGCCAGCUGAAAGUGAAGGACGCCAGCGGCGUUUUGCAUCAUACGGUGUCGAACAUGACGCAGUACUACUCGUUACUAGAUCCGAUUUACUUGCGAAUGCUCUUCGAUGCUUUGGAUUUGAGCGAGAGUCCAAAGACGCAGAUGCUCGCUGUGUACGUGGUGAGUCAGCAGUUGUACUACCAAGGAGACAAGAUAAUGGAAGAGUACAAGCGAAUAGCACACCUGUUCGACGAAAAGGACCACGUGCGACUGUCCGACGCAGCUGCGCCAGUGCCAACGGCGACGGGGCAUGGAGGAGGGCGAGCAGGAGGCGCAGGACAGUUAAGGCUCACGAUAUUCUCAAUGUUAAUUCAUGCCUUGACUCGCUUUUAAUUAUCAAUUCCCUAAGAGUCUAUGACUAUGUUGAUCGAUCAUGAAGUAUUGAACUAUAUAUUGCGAAUGCGAGCUCCAGCUCUAAUACCGAACCCCACUACGGGGAACCAAGAAGCAGAAGCGGCUCUAGACCUGCAACAACAGGAAUUACGUGCUCUUAGCAAGCGCACGUUAAUUCUGAAUGAGACGGAAGGCAUUCCCCGUUUGCUGACGCAGGUUUUGUACUUGCUAGGAGAGAGUUUUGAGAUGAAACUCGAGAACUUCGAUCGCAGCAAGCUAAUCCUAGGUGUGUUGCAGAUCGUGUCGAAUCUUUUGACCUUCGAGAUUCCCGCGUUGACCACAAUAGUGCUGAGCAAUGAUGCUUUGGUGCCGUUGUUGCGCAAGACGUUUGGGCACAUCUACGACCACUACGACUCGGUGAGCAGUGCAGAUGAGUACAUCGAACUUCUAGACGCGUUUGUGCGCUUGUUGCGCAACAUCGUGACCAUUGGCAUCGAGCAUGAAGGCAUGGUCCAGCUCAUUUUGGAUCGCAUGAAAGUGCUGCCUACGGAAACUACCAUAGCCAAGGAUGUGACGCCUAAGAAAGCGCCGAUUAUGGGCGCGGGGAAGACGGCUUCUGGGAGUAGUUCGAGUCCAGGGAACAGUCCGGCGCCGGCACCCGCGGCCACAGCGGUUUCUUCGCCAUCUGGUGAUGCUUCACCAGGAAGUGCGGCAGCGGAGCGAGCCGCCGCAGCGGCUGCGUUACCCGCGAUCUACACCACGGAAACAGAGCGUGUACAGGUAGAAACGACUUUCGACGCGAUUCUCGGUUCCCUCGAUAUUUUCCCGCUGUUAGAGUUCCUCGUUGCGUGCGGCAACCGCCUGAUGGACUCGCCACGGUUCAUCGAGAACCACGCCAAAUGGAAAACGAAGCUGUUUGAGAGCAUGCUUUUGACGUUUUCUACUCUCUUCGCGCACUCCGACAAAAAAUUUGACGGAGCCAUGAUGGACUGGACUCGAGUGGAACGAGCGAAGCUCGAGUACUGCCUGCUGAGCAUCCACGAGCACCGAGUGGGCAGCGAGAAGCGUUUUCAGGGUCUCUGCAUAGAGGAGACGACUUUGAGAACGCUGUACUGCAUGGUCAAGCAGGGCUUCUUCUUCCAGAGUAACACGUUUCCCAACACUUUGCAGGUAGCUGGCUACGGUCCAGGGAACGAGAACAUCAAUUUUGAGUGCCGCGAGAUCGCUGCCGUCAUCUUGAGCAUUCUGAGCUCAACGAGCGGGAAGAACAGUUCCACAGGAGACAUCUUGAACAACAUACCAAAGUUCCUGGCGAAUCUGCGACACCUGAGCGAUCCAAACCAGCUGUUGUGGCACUACAAGCUGGUCUGCACCUUCUCAAAGUUGCCGAAAGUGAUCGAGCAGAUCGCCGGGGACGAGGACAGCUACAAUUUCGUCUUCGACAGUCUAGAAUCUCCGGUGUUGUGCAGGCACAGCAUCGUGAUCGUCCACAAUCUCACGGUGCUGAAAGCGACCAGCCUGAACGAGCGGCCUGGCAGUUUGCGCCGUCUGUGCUUGCUGUACAAGAACAUCAUGGCCGUUUCGCGUCCAGAGGUCGUCGAACUGGACCCAGAAUACGCCGACCGGCCGAACGCGCGCCACGAGGCGUACGCGCUCUCACGGGCAGUCCGAGAGGAUCCGGACAUCACCCAGACCGAAUUGGAUGUGCUCAGUCGUCUGGUUUUAGCCGCUGUCCGCAACGUGGUGUAUACACACGUGGUGAAGGAGAUGAACCCUGUCCAGGACAUCGCGGAGGAGGAUCGCGACGGCAUCUUCCAGGUGUGCAACAGCGUGUGCAAGGAGGACGUUUGUCUCUACAUGAGCAUCCUGUUUGUGCUGGUGCGCGACAAGCAGAUCGCGGUGAGCAUCCUGAACUUCACGGCCUGCUUUGAGCUAGUGCUGGAUUGCAUGCUGUACCCCUACGCGCACGUGAAGCCGAACAGCGAACAGCCGCAGAAGAAGAGACCGAAGUUCGGGAAUCUGCAGAGGGAUCAGCUCUACGAGAUGGAUUCGCAACACAUGCAAUCGGCCGAUGGCGCUGCAGACAGCGAAGCCGCUAGUGGUUCGCCACGCGGACGGGCUCGUGAAGGCGCGGAGGGCGUCGCGAAGGACCGACUAGGCGCAGGGGGCCGCGAGUCGCUGUACCAGAAGCAGCGGCGCAUGGCUGCCGAGAAGAGCAUGCAGAAAACCGGUUUUUCGCUCGUGAAGAACUCGAACAUCAAACCUAGCGAAUACGCCUUCGCGGAGGAGUACUUGUUUUUCAUGUGCACCCACAUCUUUUUGCAGGUGACGUAUUUGCCGGACGCGGAGGCGCCGCCGCACAUAAAGGGGAUGGAAACGGCAGAAUUUCCGACGCCGCAAGCGCGACAGCAAGCCUUGACGAAACUGUCGGGAAUCGCGGGACGCCUAGGCCUGGUCGAGAACUACUUCAAGAGGGUAGAGGAACUCUUGUUCAAAAUCGACCGAACCAAGCGCGUGUUAACGGACCUGUACUUAGAGUGCGUCUCCGAGUUCAUCCUCCAUGGUCUGACGAUUCCGUGUUUCGUCGACUUUUUCUACCAGAGGCCGAUCCCGGACAUGCUGUCGCAGGUGGCGCCGUUCCUCUUGGCGUGGAGCAGUCGGAGCAUCGUGAACAAAGCAGCUUUAGUGUGUAUUCGAGCCAAGCUUCAUCGGCAAACCGCAGUCUGCAACGAGAUGGCCACCAAGUACUUACAAUUCCCGGAAUUGGCGUGUGGCAUGCUGACAUACGCGUUGGUCGACCCCGAAGCUCACUACCUACACGAUCAAUACAUUUACGGCUAGUUGGAGUGCUAGUAUUUUUGUUGUAUUAUAUUUUAAUUUUCCUCAAUUUAAGUACUAGCGUCAGGGAAAUCUUAGGCAUCUUGCCGAAUAGAUUCAAAUCAUCAAGUACUAGCUGUAGUUCAUGUAAGUAGAAGGAACAUAAAUUAGUGAAGGCGUUCAAGGAGAGUAGUCCUCGAUUUUUAGCAAGAAACCUCUACACGACACCAGUGGGUCAAUUUUUCGAAAACUGUUUCCUAAAUAAAAUGACCUUGCUACUACACCAUCUAAUCUCUCGGUUUUGUGCGUGUCUUCCAGCAGAUGCUUCAGCAAAACCUACUAGCACCGAUGAACGUGAAUCGGGUGGCAAUAGCGACAACGACGCUCAUCUCCACACUGACGGAGGAAGACUUUGCGGCCGAAGCCGCCGAAGCUGAGGCCAUGGCAGCUGCCUUUGGCCCAGAAGAAGAGGAGGAAGAGGACGACGAAGAAGGUGAGGAAGGUGCAGCAGGUGGUGAAGGGGAAAAGAAUGUUAAGGAAAAAGCGAUGGAAUAGGAAAUGCAUUUGCACUGUGAAGAUCAAGAUUAUAGCUUCUGAAAAAUGUAAAUCUGCAAGAUGAUUCUGGACUAUGAGUAACACCAAGCAAGGCAAGAUACGUGCAAAGUUUUACCUGUAGCAUGCGGCAGCGGCAGGAAAUGUAGAUGUAGAAGAUUUAGAUUCUUUCAGAGUCGAGUAGUUGCGUUGUAGAUGAAGAUGGGUCGUCGAUGUAGAUCUCCUAGAAUUUUGCUUGACUGAAUCUAAUAGUCCCGCAGCAAGUGGUGA